UCCUUCCAACAACUUGAGCAAACCCCAGAAGAAAUUUCUUCAAACACUUGCCAUUGCAUCACUACUCUUGAUCAAGAAGCUAGCAAGAAGAGACGCAUCUUUUUAGUUGUAGAUUAUAAGGAAAAAAAAAUGGAAAGCAAUAAGGUGGUAGAAGAGAAUGAUCUCCAUCUCAAGGCAACCGAGCUUAGAUUGGGGUUGCCGGGAAGAGAUGAUAGCGAAGAAGAAUCAUUCUUUGGUGCUAGAAACAACAAGCGGCCGUUUCCCGAUGCAAGGAAUGAGUGUGGAUCAAAGGAUAGUUCUGAUGCUCCGGCUAAGGCAGCAAUUGUGGGAUGGCCACCAAUCCGAUCUUACCGGAAAAACAACCUGCAGCAGAAGAUCAAGGCGGAGGAUGAGGCUCAUGAGGCUGCUGGAAUUUACGUGAAAGUAAGCAUGGAUGGGGCUCCUUACCUAAGAAAGAUUGACCUAAAGACUUACAAGGGCUACCCAGAACUACUCAAGGCUUUGGAGAACUUGUUUAAAUUCACCAUUGGUGAGUACUCAGAAAGGGAAGGCUACAAGGGUUCUGAAUAUGCACCAACUUAUGAAGACAAAGAUGGUGACUGGAUGCUGGUUGGAGAUGUUCCAUGGGAUAUGUUCAUGUCAUCUUGCAAAAGGCUGAGAAUCAUGAGAGGAUCAGAAGCAAGAGGUUUGGGAUCAUGUGGAGUAUGAGAAACCCACAAGAUCAGCAGGACAAGCAACGAUUCUCUCUCUCAUUAAGAGCAGAACUCUCAGCUUGGAUUCUCGAAGAUUUGAAUUUGAAUUUUCGUCUGGUCAUGUUCUUGAGUCUUUGGCGCUCGACUGGGAAGCUGUAGACAGAAGAAAUUAACAUCUGGCAGCAACAACAUCAAUCUGUGCUCGUUUGUCCAUCUACGAUGCUAUUCUGUCGAGCCAAAACUGCAUGCAAGCAAAGACAUAUUUCUUUGAAAGAAGUUGUAUACAAAGUGACAUAUUGUCUAUUUAAGUUUGGUUUUGUAUUGUUAAAGUGGAUAUAUAUAAUCAU